AUGAAGUUCAGUAACCCUGACAUAGCAGUCCACAAGCCGAUCCCGGCGCCCCUGGACACUGAGUACCCGGUCACAGCGUGGGGUGUGGACCAGUGUGGGGAGAGUUUCAAACAGUUAACUAUCUACCGGCCUCAAGUAGGCCUCCACGAUGUCAAGUUCGAGCUAAAGUUCUGUGGAAUUUGUCAUUCUGAUGUCCACAAUGUGCUCAAUGAGAUGUCUGAAAAAUGGGGAUCAACGUACCCAAUUGUACCGGGUCACGAGUUGGUGGGGACAGUGGUGGAGGUGGGAGAGAAAGUGAGCCGAGUAAAGGUGGGGGACAAUGUGGGGGUGGGUUGCAUCAGGGAUAGCUGCCUGAUCUGUGAGGUGUGUCACAGGGGUGAGGAGUGCUACUGUGUUAAUGGCUUUACACACACUUACAAUACUCCUAAGAAGAAGGAAAACUGCCACAUAGGAGGAAACCCGGAGGUACAGAACUGGGGAGGUUACUCUGAGUUUGACGUGGUCCACGAACACUUCAUAAUCAAGAUACCAGAGGGGAUGCCACUGGAAAAGGCAGGACCUAUCCUGUGUGCAGGGAUCACAAUGUGGUCUCCACUGAAUCACUGGGGAGCAACAAACACGGAAAAGAAGCUGAAUAUCGGGAUAGUCGGGAUCGGGGGACUGGGCACAAUGGGCAUCAAGUUAGCGGCCGCUCUGGGACACCGAGUUGUGGCCAUUUCCAGCAGCGACAAGAAGAUCGAUGUAGCAAAAUCUAAAGGAGCGGAGGAUUAUGUGGUGUCCAAAGAUGCUGACUCAGUGAGGAAGGAGCGAGGAAAGUUAGACCUGAUCAUUAACACUGUCUCCGCUCCACACGACAUAGCUCCGUACAUCUCCAUGCUGAAGACUGACGGUACUCUCGUCCAACUGGGCUGCAUUGCAGCACCCAUGCAAUACAAUCAGUUUAUGCUAAUAUUGAAGAGGAUAUCCAUUGCUGGUUCUCUGAUCGGCGGAAUCCCCGCCACGCAGGAGGUGGUCGAUUUCUGCUUUAAAAACGAGAUAUACCCGGACAUAGAGCUUGUAGAAGCAGGGCAGCUGAAUAAAAUAUACACUGAGCUUCAGGACAACAACAGUGCGGCGGUCAGGUACGUGCUGGAUAUCAAAAAGAGUCUGGAGACGACCAAAUAA